AUGACGGAGACACCCCAGAAUAUGACAGCCCCCGGCCAAUGGGGGACAUUCCUGCACCAAUGUCUGAUGCACCGCAUCGAUGCUACCGAGUUCAAGAGUCUCUUGAAGCUGAUGUUCCAGAAAUGCCCAAUCACGGAAACGGCAUUGCUCGAUGCCCUGCUGCAGACUCGGCUCAAGUCCCGGAUCAAGUGGGAUCCACUGCUCCCGCUUUACAUCGACUGCCUUUGCAGGAUGGGCAGGGUCCGAACGUCCACCGUGUUGACGUCCCUGCUGAAAUACUCAUCUAUUCACGAAGACUCGCAGCCGCUUGUCCCCGCAGCUAAAGAGGGCUCCAAGGGCUAUACCCUUAUGACCGAUAUCCGGGUCAUUCAAGAUGCCAUGCUGUCCGUCUCGACGGGAGGCACCCCCAAGACCAUCGCAGAAGCCAUCGCCAUCUUCUUCUCCAUCAUUGACUGGAUCCAUGCGGUGGUUGCCUGGCAUCACAGCCACCUCGACCACAGCCAGCACCCAGGUGGUCUGAUGAGUUCUCCGGAUGUCGUCUCAGUGUUUGAGUCACUGGGGAUCCUUCUUGCGGCCUUGUCGGGUACUGGGAAGGGUCUAGAGGUUCUCUCGGCUGAUUCUCAUGAAGAGCUCAAGGUCAAGCUGGGGCAGGCGCUCUCGGCGUAUCUCCCGCUCUGUGUCGAGGUAUCAUUACCUCUCCGAAACAGACUGGAUGGACUACAAAAAGAAUUUCAUCUCUAUGGAGAGCCGUCGUCAAAAUCAUUGAAUGUUCCGAUGAUGGACAAUGUCAACGUCAAUGCUCUUCAAUUCGAGGCGUCCGUCAUGGACGGGCCAGUCAUCCAUUCGAGAGCAGGACUCUACGUAUAUAUCAAUGCAAUGCUUGUGGGACGUCCUUUGGUAGACGACAGCAUGCUGAUAAACUUUCUCGCCAACCGUUACGGGGGACAUUAUGAAGUCCUGAUAGAAGAAAUCAUCACCGCCGCCUUCGACGUUCUCUCCAACGCCAUGUAUCGCAACGAGUCCAGUAGGACCAUGUUCCUUUUCCGUUCGUUCCUGGUCAACAAGCUCCCUCCGUUCUUUGCCGCAAUGUUGGCAUCUACCAUGGUAUCUAUCCCUAUGGAGAUGUGUAUCAGCCAGGCAUUAGGCCGGCUUGACCCCAAUACAUUCCCGUCAUUCUCGCAAAUGUUCGAGAUGCAGGGCAACACCGUCCUGUCGGAUGUGCGACAAGAAUUCCUUUUCGCUUGCGCUUCGCAUAAACUCAUUCCCGAAUCCAGCAUUGAGCGAAUGCUGGGCGAGAACCCCAUGCAGGCCCUUCCAGUGGGGUAUAAUAAAGACGAGCUGGUGUCGCAGAUCAAUACCAACCCAGAGCGUGCGGAGCAGUUGAUCAACGAGAUCGAAUCGAUGGAGGGCAAUGCAGGAGCCAUCGUCGGCGCAAUCACAGAAAUUAUGCAUAAUCUAUGUAAUCAAAAAGAGACGGUGACAUUGAAGAAUAUUUGCAAUUCGUUAUCUCGGCGACCACAGGCACUCGACGUGAUCCUGCUUUUCCGGAGUGCCAAGCAGGUGCUGCAACCACUGUGCGGGCUGCUCGAUUCCUGGCAUUGGGACGAAGACCAGGGAGAAAAUCAGCCCGUGUACGAUGAGUUUGGAAGCAUUCUCCUCUUGGUGCUUGCGUUCAAAUACCGCUUUGAUCUGAGACCGGCCGACCUUGGCAUCUCGAGCAACGAUUCGUUUGUGCUGAAAUUGCUGGAACGCGGGUCGUGCAGCCAGAAACUGGACGCUCUCGACGAAAAGCAGAACAAGAACCUGGGCACAUGGAUUGCCGCUUUGUUCAUUGCCGAGGGAAUCAGCGAGGAGACCAUGUCGGCAUGUAGCCCGCAGGAGUUCUACUUGCUUGUGGCAACACUGUUUAGUCAAAGCUUGGGGGCGUGCGAGACCGGGAAGCUCGAGUUUGACACUCUCAAGGGAGGGUUUGAAUAUUUACUUGAACCCUUCCUUCUCCCGUCACUUGUUUUCGCCUUGACGUGGCUAGGGAACCAUAUCUGGGAGACGGAACCGGAACCCUCGAUCGCCCUGAAAGCGCUGCACUCGCUGGUGAACCCGAGCUCAAUCUCAGGAGAGGGGAGAGAGAUCCACCGGACGGUGCUGCACACCGUUGCGCGCAUGCUGGAAGAGCAGCUCAAAGACGUGCGCACGCGCCACCCCUCGCGCACCGACAUCAAGCCCAUCAUGGACUCGCUCGAGCCCUGUCUGUCGUUCCAGCGGGUGGGCAGCUGCCACCGGUCCGAGCUCGAGGGCUGGACGACGCACGCGGGCGGCGGCCUGCUGGGCAGCAUCCGCAGCACGUUCCAGGCGCUGGUGCUCUGGAGCGCGAACCCGGAGGUCAGCAUGGCGCCGCCGUCGUACACGCACCGGCAGGUGGUGGCGGGGAUCCGGAUGCUGGGGGCGGCGCGGGUGUUUGGAGCCCUGGUCGACGAGCUCGUGAAGCUGCAGACACAGACGCAGACGCAGACGCAGGCGGGCAGCAGCGACCUGGCGCUGGACCUGGCGGCGACGCUGGUGUGCGCGCCGCUGAGCGAGGCCUUUGCGGUGGAGCAGAACAGUCACCACCCGGUGGACCCGAGCAAGGAGGCGCUGCCGCGGUGCGCGGUGCUCACGCUCCGCGACGCGCUGGCGCUGCAGCACGAGAACGUGCCCAAGCUGGCGGAGAAGGAUCCGCUGCGCGCGGAGGUCGUCGUGCGGCUGGCGCGCCGCGUCGCCGCCCUCCUCGCCCCGCCAUCGCAGGUCCCCAACCUCGACGUCAACAACAUCAUCCAGAACAUGCAGCUGGGCAUUGAGGGGUCCGGCCCCAUGGAGCUGGACGGGCCCGGCCCCGCCGCCGAUGACGACGACGACGCGGAGAACAUCCAUCGGAUGAUCGACAAUGCGGCGGCGGCGGCGGCGGCUGCGGGCAUGGACUCCGGGGUUGGGGUCGGGGUCGGCCAGGGCACGGGGCUGGACACGAGCAUCGACGAUGUGUUGAACGCGGCGGACAUGGCGGUGGGCAACCCGGAGUUUCUGGAUCUCGACAUGGAGGGGAUGUUCUAG